UGAGCAUUCUCUCUGAGCAGGGGAAGCAGGGGAGUGGCAGGGUCAGGGAGCCGGGUUCCCAAGGAGCAGGGAUGCGGAACAGAACCGGUGCAGUCCUCUGUGCCCUUGCCCUUCUGACAGGCUUUCUCAUCAUCUGCCUGGGGGCCUUCUUCAUCUCCUCAGGCUCCACGUUCAACUGUCGGUGGAACCUGAUCCUGGCCUAUUUGCUUCUGCCUCUGGGGUUUGUGAUCCUUCUGAGUGGGAUUUUCUGGAGCACCUACCGCCAGGCGAGUGAAAACAAAGGGAUGUUCAGCCAUGGGCUCAGACCACAUCUUGCUCACAGGGCCAUGGCCCCAGCCACAGUGGACAGGCCAGAUUUUUACCCUCCUGCUUAUGAAGAAAGUCUGGAUGCUGGAAAGCAAACCUGUCCUGCAGAGGGAGAGGCCGUGGAUAUCCCUCCACCUCUGUACACAGAGAUGGAUCUUGGAUUUGAGGUUGAAAGUGGAGCUCACCAAGAGGCACCACCAUCCUAUGCCGAGUCUGUAGUGGACGGGGUGGCAGCAGUAACACCAUGGAAAGAUGCCCAGAGGCAAAGUCGAGAGUGCUGAAGCAGGGGAAGCUCUCUGGCACCCAGGACAUCCUCUCAUGGGGCACAGCUGCUAAAAAUAAUAGCAGGCAAGGGAUUGUGGGAGGAAAAGCCAUGUCCGUGACCCCAUACAAGAACACCCUGAGGGGAUCUUGAGCCUCUAAGAAAUCUUGUCAGCUUCAUUAUAUUUUUACUCUAAGGGGACAAGUGGGAUGGCAGGGUGUGGAAAGACACGCAGCCUGAUGCUUUAGAGCUUGGAUAAGAAUCUUCCUCUCUCUGGGCCUCAGUUUUCUACUCUAUCGAGUGAAGGAUUUACGCUGGGAUUGAUAGCUAACCAUUAUGGAAUCCUUUUUAUAUGGCAUGCUCUGUGCUAUGAACUUUCUGUGCUUUUUAUUUAGCCCUCCUGAUUGUCUUCAGAGAUGUGUGCAAUGGUUAUUCCCAUUUUACACAUGCAUAAACUGAGGCUUUGAGAAGUUACGAAACUUUUCCAAUAACAUAGUUAUUUCCAGGAAGAUGAAGGAAGGUCCAUAGAGGGGGAUGCAUUUACUUCCAAUUUUUAUGCUAUUUACCCAGUCUUACUUCCCUCCUCACAGAGAGCAGUUUGGACUUCUCUCCCCCUUCAGAAAGUGGGCCCUAACAGGAAGUGGAGCAAUCCGUUAAAGCCCCUGAAAAGGCAGCAGAGGUUGCUUUAGAGUUCAUCUUCUGGAUUCUCCUUUAAAAUGUAAACGCGGCCCUAACUGGUUUGGCUCAGUGGAUAGAGCGUCGGCCUGCAGACUGAAGGGUCCCAGGUUCGAUU